CAAAUAAAUAAAUAAAAUUUUAAAAUAGGUCCCAUAUGAAAGGAGAUCAGACAGUUAGAUUUACUUCCUCUUUUCUAAUUUGAGAGGUAUCGUGUUGAAGAAAAUCAGUGUGUUAGAAGCUGCAGGGGACCUAAACACAGUCACCAUGAAGCUGGGCUGUGUCCUCAUGGCUGGGGUCUUCUACUUUUCUCCUGCUAUGCUCUGGGCAGCCCAGAUGCUACUGGCUGGAUGUCAUACUGCAUCAUUUUCUGGUUCUUCUCGGACCAUGCCCUCCUCAGCUGCCGGUUUUGAGGCGCUCCAGUGCGAAGGACCUGUCAGCACCCAGGAGGGCAGCUGCCACACUGAGGAUGACUUGACGGACCCAAGGGAAGUCGACUUCCAGGUCAAGGGCUACACUUUCAGUGAACCCUUCCAUCUGAUUGUGUCCUACGACUGGCUGAUCCUCCAAAGUCCAGCCUGGCCUAUAUUUGAGGGAGACCCUCUGGUUCUGCGCUGCCAGGCCUGGCAAGACUGGCCACUGACCCAGGUCACCUUUUACCAAGAUGGCUCAGCCCUGGGUCCCCCUGGACCUAACAAGGAAUUCUCCAUCGCCGUGGCGCGAAAGGCAGACAGCGGGCACUACCACUGCAGUGCUAUCUUCAGGAGCCCUGGUCCUGGGAGCCCAGAAACGGCAUCUCCUGUGGCUAUCACAGUUCAAGAACUGUUUCGAGCCCCGGUUCUCAGAGCCACACCUUCAGCUGAGCCCCAAGAGGGAAGGCCGGUAACCCUGAGCUGUCAGACAAAGCUGCCCCUGCAGAGGUCAGCUGCCCACCUCCUCUUCUCCUUCUACAAGGACAGCAGGACAGUGCGUAGCAGGGGCCCUUCCUCAGAAUUCCAGAUCCCUACUGCUUCAGAGGCACACUCUGGGUCCUACUGGUGUGAAGCAGCCACUGAGGACAACCAAGUUUGGAAACAGAGCCCCAAGCUGGAGAUCAGGGUGCAGGGUCCCUCCAGCUCUGCUGCACCCCCCACCUUGAAUCCAGCUCCUCAGAAAUCAGCUGCUCCAGAAACUACUUCUACGGAGCCCCCUGGGCCUCUGCCUCCACUGCCCACCCCUUCUUCUAAGGAUCUGGGCUCCUCUUCUCCUCUGCACUUCCCAGAUCCCCAUCUGCAUCACCAGAUGCGUAUUCUCCUCAAACAAAUACAGGAUAUGAGGGUCAUCCUUGGUCACCUGGUCAUGGAGCUGAGGGACUUGUCCAGCCACCUGAAGCUUCAGGCCACAAAGGAUCCUGCCAAAUAUUAGUAAAUAAUUCACCUGCCGUGUUGCUCAACUACCCCCAAUAAAUCCAACUCUUUCUAGUUGUCCUCUUUCUGUUCCAUACUUAAGCGUAAGUAGUUUUACAAGCUGCCCAGUGUUUCGCUAGAGUUAACAGGGAUAGGUGAGUAUAAAUAAACGUGUACAAAGUGGUAAUUAGAGUUUAGCUAUAAUUGUAUAUUCUCCCUGAACAUGACAACAUAUUCCUGCUCUAUCUAGACCAGGAGUUGCCUUCUGUUGCCCAGACCAGAAUCUGGUGAUUGAAAGAGAAGCAAUGAGAUGAUAGAUUUAAUGCAGCAAUCUCAACCAAGGGCAAUCCCUCCCCACCCUAGGGGACAUUUGGCAAUGUCUGGAGAAAUUUUUGAUUGUUACAUUGCAGGGAGGGUGUGCUCCUGGUGUCUAGUGAGUAGAAGCUGGGGAUGCUGCUAAACAUCCUAUAAUACACAGAACAGCCUUCCACAACAGAGGAUUAUCUGGUCCAAAAUGUCAAUAGUGCUGAGGUUGGGAAACCCCAGCCUAAUGGAGGUGUUGGACUCUGGGGUGGACCUUUGCUUCUUCUACUUAUUCUCUCCUCCUAGCCUUAUUCAGCAAAUAUUAAUGACGUGCUGGUAUUUUGUUGGCCUCUGCUACAUGCCCAAGUUGAUGCUAUGUUAAGUAUACCCAUAAGACAGUGUCUCUGUCUAUAGAAAGUUUACAAUUUGGGAUGGAGGGGCAGUAACACUCCUACCCAUUAAACAAUUAAAGCAGGGUAUAUAAAAAUUUCCCAUAGGAUCCUAGUGGACUCAGAAACAUGUGAUCGAGUAGAACAAUGCCAGAGCAGCAAUUAUUUGUUUUAAUCCAUCUCUGAAAUAGUUUUCUUUAAAAAUAUACAUAAAUCUAUUUUGGUACCAUAGUAAUACUUUAUUUUCUAUGCUUGGACUGCUAUUGUAUAUUCUCAGCCAAUGAGAGCGAGCCUGCCAGAUUCUACAGGAAGUUUUGGUCAGUGAGUUAGCACACCAUUUCAUGACCUCAGCCAAAGAGCGUUCUACCACGUUUCUCCUAAAUCAUGUGGUAUGAGGUUAUCCAGUGUACUUUUUCUUUGUGCCAUUUAUUCUGUGUAUAGUUUGGACCCACAGUUAUUUACAAAAUAUGUACCUGUGAUCGGUCCAGACAUGCCACAAAGAAAUAAAGGAACAGAAUCAUGCUGGAUGUUAAAAUUUGAGUUUUAUGGUGGUUCCUAGCUCCCUCUAAAAUGCCAGUUUUAUGGUGGCUCCUAACACCUUCAAGUGGAAAGAUGAGAAAGAAACUGGAAAUUGGUAAAAGUCCACAAAUAUCACUGCAGCGUGAGAGGAUCGAUUAACAACUGUAUGAAUGGGAGUUGCAAGAAAUGAUGACCAGAGAUAUGUCAUUUGGUGGAUGACCAAAGUGGAAGCUUAACUGCCAGUGGACUAUGUUGG